AAAUACAAUGAAUGCGGCAAAGUUGUAGAUUAUGCACUAUCACGAUAAUGACAAGUCUGACGUUACUUACCGCUGCUUAUAGGUUAGGUUUCAAAGUAAGGUUAUAUUUGGUGGGUACAGAAAUUUUGCAUAUUGCGAUUACACGGCUUGGGUUUAUAGAAUACUAUAAACAAUCACUUGCCGCUAAAUUAAAAUACAAUCAUGACAGAUCAAAAUAAUCAAGAAAUGGCUUCAUCGGAGUUAGGUACUCUUGAUUAUUGGGAAAGAGUAUACGCGGAGGAACUUAAUAAUUUUAAGGAUCAUGGAGACGUAGGGGAGAUAUGGUUUGGUAGAAAUAAUUCACUAAAGGUUACACGUUGGAUUACCACGCAUCUUAAACUUAAUAAGAAAGAUGACAAAAUAAUUGAUAUAGGGUGUGGAAAUGGAAUGACAUUAGUAGAAUUGUCAAAGGAUUUUACAAAAUUGAUGGGUAUAGAUUACUCUGAAAAGGCAAUAGACUUAACUCGGGAAGUAUUAAAGAAACACAACCUAUUGCAUAUUGAUUUGAAAGUUUAUAAUAUAGUGGACUCUGAAGAAUGUGAUUUACUAAAGGAUUUUAAAGUAGCACACGAUAAAGGAACAUAUGAUGCUAUCUGUUUGCAUCCUGAUGAUCCAGCAACAAAAAGGCAGAAGUACAUAGAGAAUGUGCAUAAAAUUCUCUUGCCCGAUGGUUAUUUGGUCUUAACAUCAUGUAACUGGACCAAAGGGGAAUUAACAAACCAUUUUCAAAAUUGUAUGUUAUUUUAUUGUUGCUUUUUUUUAGCAAUAAAGAACAUUUUUAAAUCCUUUGUAGUCUCUUAUAUAAAAACGAAAUUUAAUUCAGAACCAUAUAUGCAAUAACACUUAUUCUCUUUCCAAGUUGAACAUAAUUGCCAAAUUUCAAACAUACUAAGGACAUUGUGGACUACAAAGGACUAUUAAUAUGUUACUCAUUACUUUACAGUAUAUUAGGGUUAUAUUCAAGGUGGAUCAAUAUCUUUGUCCACCUUGAAUAUCUCUGUUAUUUCUAAAGAUAUAGAGAAAUAUUUUAUAGAAAAAUUAUAUGAUAUGGAGAGGUUCAUAAUAUGCAAGUAACAAUUUUUAUAUACGUGGAGGGAUUUCGGAGAUUUUUUCUUAGUAAAAUAGCAUGUGUUUAGACAAUUUCAAUGACCCCCAAAACAAGGUCAUUCGGUAACAGAUAACAAAAUGCCAAGUGACUUACGUUAUUUGUUAAAAAAAACUUUGAUACGGGAUUCAAACAUUUUAAAAUUAAGUCCCAAGUUAAAAAUCAUUUUAUUAAAUGUUCAAAAUGGUGUCCGCGUACAUUGCCGCUCAUAAGUAUUAGGACACUUGGUCGAAAAGUUCGUUAAUUCUCGAACUGUUAUAAUUUCAUGGAAAGAAAUCGUACAACGAUCAUUUUGGGGUUAUUUUAAAAGUUGAACUCUCUAUUUUCACAUCUGCAAGUGGUAUUUCCUUGAAGAUCCAAAAAAAAAAUAUAUCAUAUUUAGACAGCCUCCAAAAAUUUAAAAAUUUUGUCAUGCAACUAAACCACCAUAAAUUCGAAUAUUAAAGCUUCAUCUUUGCAAUAACCCCAUUGAAAAUUCAUAUACGAUUUUUUUCGUUGUUUUAUUGCACUUUGAAUCAGGUGUGUGUCUUCAGCAUUGUAUUCUAGUAUUUCUGUAAGAAGUAAUGUUAUUAAAUUCUUGUUAAUAAGUUUAUUAAUUACUGAUAAUGCCCGUUCUCUCGACAAUUGGUAUAAUAAUGUUACACGGUAUUAAUAAAAUAUAAUAAUGUUUCAGAUUUUAAUGUCGUGAACGUGCUUCCCGCCUCCGAUAGAUUCCAGUUCGGCGGACAAAUCGGAAACACUGUAACACAAUUAGUCCUCCAAAAGAAACAAUGAAUAAAGAAUUUUUAAUAUACUAUGUA